AUGGGUUGUUGUUUUACAAGUUAGAAUAAAUAAGAAGUUCAUAAAAGGCAUUCUUCUAAAUUAAAAGUAAUCAUACCUAAAAAUUAAUUGUUGUAAAGUAUAUAUCAUAAUAUUAUUUGUCAGCCAAUCCUAUUUAUGAUGAUAUGCCUUUUGAUUAAGGAGACUGUUUUCAAUUGAAUAAGAACCUAUUCACAGAUGAAUAUAUUAUUAUUGAUACCAAUCCUUUUUUAAUUACUGAUUAUGGCAUAUAUAGAUGGUGCUCUAGCAAAAAAACAGAUACAAGGAAAUUAGUAAAAACUAUAAAAAAAACAACAGAUCCAAAAUCAGAUGAACCUGUUUUAAUAUUAAACAACAUUUAUCUAAUGCAAUAUUUAGUAAAUAUAAUUGUAAUUACAAGGAUCAUCCAAAUAUUGCCAAAAUGAUUGAAUAUUUUAAUGAAAUAGACCAUUAUUAUAUUAUUUUUGAAGAUAAUUAAAGUGAUAAUCUAUUAAAUAAAAUGAUAAAGAAAGGAGAAGAUACAGAAUAAAUGGCUGCUAUUAUUAUAGAAUAAGUUUUAAGUACAUUUGUAUAUUUACAUUCAAAAAAUAUCAUUUAUCGUUUUCUAAGUAUUAUUAUGAUAUAUAUUAAAUUUAAGAUCAUAAUACUAUUUUAUGUGAUGAUCAACUUACAAUAAUGUUUUUAGAAUUUGGUGCUGCAAAAAAAAUUUCAUAAUUUAUAAAAUUUCCAAUUGGAGAUUAACACUACCAAUCACCAGAAAUGCUUAGUGGAAAUUAUAGUUUCAAAUCUGAUAUUUGGUCAUCUGGAGUUUUAUUACAUUUUUUACUUUCUGGAACUAUGCCAUUUGAUGGAAUUAUGGCAUCUUCAAUUAAAAAUUCCAUUAUGAGAGGUAUAAUUAAACUAGAUGAAACCUUUGAUUGGGAUAAAAUUCCACAAGCUAAAGAAUUUGUUAAAAAGUUAUUAAAUUUUUCAUAAAAUCAAAGACCUUCUGCAUUUGAGGCUCUCAAAGAUAAAUGGAUUGAAAAAGCUAAAUUAAAAAAAAAACCACUGAAAAUGAAUCCUGUGUUAACCAAUCUUCGAAAAUUCCAAAAAUGUGAAGUCUUAAUAGAAGCUAUUGUUAUGUAAAUAGUUUAAAUGACUCUAACUUAAGAAUAAAAGAGAGAGAUCUUUUAGAUAUUUUAAGAGUUUGAUACUAAUAGAGAUGGUAAAAUUUCGACCUAAGAACUAAUAGAAGGUAUAUUUUUCAUUAUAGAUAGAGGAUAUAAAAAAUAUUAAACUAGUACAAAAUUAGAAGAUUAAGACAUUGAAACGUUAGUUAAAAGAAUUGAUUAAAAUGGAAAUGGUUAUUUAGAUUAUACAGGUAUUUUUAAUUUUUAAUAUAAAGAGUUUUUAUUAGCAUGUUAAGAUAAAAAAAAAUUAUUAACAGUUGAAAAAUUAAAAUUAGUCUUUGCUUAAUUAGAUGUUGAUAAAGACAAUCUUUUAUCUAUGAUUGAAAUGAGAAGAAUUUUUGGAGGUAAUAGAAUUAGUGAUUAGAAUUGGGAAAAUAUUCUUAACAAAACUAAUUUGCAAAAAAAAUCUGUUUUAACAGAAUAAGAGUUCUUACAAUUCAUAAUCAAAACUAUUAAAAAUGAUCAUUCCUUCUAGUGA